AUGGAUUCAGAGAAGAAAGCAUUGCCAAGUAUGAUACACCUUCCAGAACCAGAGCCAAUUAUAAUACAGAAGUCACAAGUGCCAGUGAAAACAUCCAGCGACAAGACCAAAAAGUAUUUGAUAACAGCAGUUAUAGUUGUUCUAAUGUUGCUGAUAACAUUGGGAGCAGUGUUCGCCAUAGUGAAAAUAACACAUAAAUACACAGAAGAAGCCAUCAAGGAGUACCACAUCACAGUAAGAGACAAUGAGAAGGAGACAAAUGAGACUGUAAAGGUGGACAAACCGAAUGGAAUGACAGAGGUUGACGCUCCAGAUCUUGACCUUGCUGUGUUCAAUGACUUCAAGAAGGGGUUAACAGUACUGAAGACUCACAUUGAAGAUGUGUAUGGCUGUUACAUGACACCAAUAAGCCAGGAUGAACUGACACCUGAGGCAACAGAGAGCUUCCUGCAGCACCAUCCAAAUGGCAAAGUUGACUUAGAAACUCCUGAAGACUUGACAAAUGUUCCAAAACUCAUGCCUGCUGAUGAAACUGUCAAAGACAGAAACUUCCUAAGUCAACAUGUACGAGAGGCAUGUGAGGGACUGCCACUUUACUGGCUGAUUCCUGCUCCAGAAGAAGUGGUGAGAGAGGGCCAAGGGGAAGAGAGUGAUGACAUGGUGGGUGGGAGAGAGGAUGAUGACACAUCACAAGAGGAACAGAGUGACAAAACGCAAGAACAAUCAGAGACAACACAGAGAAGAAUGGUAAAACGUAAGUUAAAACUAGAAACUAUCACAAUCUUUGCAGAUACAGACCAAAAAGACAGAAACACAAAAAUGGGCCUUACUUCAGCACCCGAUAUACAUAACUCUCUUAUCUCUACUUCUAAAACUUUGCACAUGUAA